AUGCUCUUUGAUCUCAACAUCCCUUGGCCCCUGACAACCUACGCCGCUCCUCUGGCCCUGGAAAUCGCCGCCUUAAAAUCUAUAUUGGCAAUGCUCCAGCACCUCCAAUACACUCACAUCGCCCUCAACUUUCAACUCGACCCGUCGCUAAAGCUCACCAAGAAAGACUUUGCGAAAAAAUCGCCCAACCCCAUUGAUCUAUCGCUUUUUGAACACCAAUUCAACUUGAAAAUAUACACCAGAAUCACCUUGACCCUCCACGACCCUGCAGACUUCCCGGGACUCAAGCUCUUCUCCGAUCAUUUCGAUCUCAUCGCCAUCAAACCUUUAAAUGACCGGGCGUUACUGGUGGCCAUCACCAACUUCGACUUCGAUAUAAUAUCGUUCAAUUACAAGGAAAACUUAAAGUAUUGGCUCAGAAACAAGGCGGUCCACAGCGGGGCAGCAAAGGGGAAAUAUUUCGAAAUCGUGUACGCCCCAGUAUUACAACCCGACACCAGGAAAAACUUCUUAUCGGUGUGUAAAAACCUUGUUAGGGCCUCAAGAUCCCAAGGAAUCCUCAUCAGUAGUGGGGCAGAGCGUUCAGUGCAAGUGAAAACAAAAUUGGAUCUUCAAAUAAUGUGCAAAAUCAUCAAUAUUGCUCCGCAUCGCGUGGCACAGAUCAUCAAUGAAAACCCUUCCAAAGUGAUGAUCCUGGGCCGUUUAAGAAAUCAAAGCUAUAAACAAUCAGUUGCCAUGGGUUCUGAUAUCCUUGAAACUAAAAAACAUAAAAUAGAUGAUGAUGAAAUUGCCGUGUUGAGAAAACUACAGAAAAAGUAA